AUGGCAAAUUUUGUGCGCCGAAUUGUGUCAGGAAACAAGGCUCGCUUCAAAGAUAAACAAUUGGAUAUGGAACUCGACCUAAUCUAUCUAACUGACCACAUCAUUGUAAUGGGAUUCCCAGCCACCGGCGUGGAGGGCUUGUAUAGAAACCGCAGAGAAGAUACCAAGAAGUUCCUCGACCAUCGACAUGGAAAGAACUAUUGGGUAUUCAACUUCUGUCCACUCCGGGAGAACUCCUAUCCUGCUAGCUUCUUUGAAGGCCGAGUAAGUCGUUAUCCUUUCCCUGACCACCACGCGCCUCCUUUGGCCAUUUUCCCCCUUUUCGUUCGUGAAGCUCGGGAAUGGCUCUCCGCAUCGAAGGAUAAUGUUGCCGUUUUGCAUUGCAAGGCUGGAAAGGGGAGGUCAGGCACACUCGCAUGCGCGUAUCUUCUCUCCCUCGAUGAAACACCCUCGCCUCCAAAGCUCCAGCGUAGCAUGACCAAGAAAGAAUGGGCAAAGAAUCGGGCUGAACGAGUAAUGGAGACGGUUGAAAUCGAUGAGAUGGACGAAGUGCUCGUACAGGAGGAUACGAGCGUCCCCUCGGGAAGGGAUGCGUCCAAACCCAUGUCUGAAUAUGUCGGUGAAAUCACACUGCCUUCAACCUUAGAACCAGAGGCCGAAAAUCCAGAGCCGAGGAAUAAAGGCAAUGGCGGUGAUGGUAACGCUGCAGCCACGAUCAUCGGAAAACCGAAAACCGAGACACCCACAAGUCUAAGUCCUCGUGGUGGAUCUAUCGCAGACAAUAUUGACCACGAUGGUAUGCAAGAUGUGAAAGACAGGUCGAAGGCUAGACCCUUUACACUUGAGGAUGUACUUGCUCUCCACACAGCAAGGCGUAUGAAGUCACCUUCCUCGCCGGAUAAGAAAGUCAAACAUGGCGUUUCCAUCCCAAGUCAGAGACGUUGGUUGAAUUACUGGUCGUUACUUCUUGCAAACGAGGCACCGUCAGCCUUCUGGCAGUCACCUCUUCCACGAGUGCGCUUACGUGAAAUACACGUACAAAUUCGCGACUUGGGCGGACUGAAAAUGAACCUUCUCAAAAUUGCGAACCACAUAAUUGAGAAGACAGGUUCUGCAAAGUACGGCGUUCACGAACAUGGUCAAGGCCCUAUAUGGGUUUCACUCGCGCGGUACAAUGACGAACUUGUUGAACUUUUAGAGAGGUGGGAGCAUCAUACGAGGGCCGAGGAUGGGAAUAUGGGUAAAAGACGGCUUGGAACGGAGUACAUGGCCGGAACUGCAUUGCGCGAGAUUUUUACAGACGGCAAAUGGGACAAGAGUAAAAUGAUCAGAAGUUUUGCACGCCUCGGUGCUUCUGACAGUAAGCGGCCAGAGGGCGGGAAUGUGGUGAGCUAUAAGUUACAACCGCUUGCAGACCAGACGUGGGAAGCCCUCCAAGAGGAAAUGCAAGAGUCUGACAGAGGUCCAGAUCUUGACCCCGAAAUGCGUCAAUCCCUCUCAGCGGCAGAGUCAAGAGCGAAAGAAAUAACAAUGUCAGCCAAAAGCUCCGUCACCGACUUUGCGCAUAUAAUAGACGAUACAAAUACGGAAAAGGGAGUGAUAUUGGAUGCCGCUCGGGAGGUUCGCGCUAAACUCUACAUGGGCCAAGUCUUCAUGGGGUGGUUUUGGUUCAUCCCAGCCUUCCACAUGCCUCCACCUCCUGUAGACUCGAAGCAACGAUCCUUGCCGCCUACCGUGACAAACUUCGUACUUUCGCGUAAAGAGAUUGAUUUCCCUAUCGGUGCGGGUGCCGCACUGGUCGACAUCGAUGUCGCUCUAGAAUGGGUUAUACCGGACCUGGAUCCGGUAGCCGCUAGUCGUGGUCCGCCGAAGACACAGACUAGCGGAGAUUCUGCCAAAGGUACAGGCGGGGAACCCGGCGGUCCUGGUGGUAUCGCUGGUAGUGUUGUUGCUGGUGUACGAGCUGUUGUCUCAGAUUCUACCGGAAGGGAAGUGGUUGAGGCACUCGAGGCGGGUGAACAGUAA